UGUGUACAUAUUUUGUAAACGCACGUCGCUGCAACAGCACCAGUUGUUGCUUUGUUUUAAAUAUAUAUCGCAAUGGCACACAUGUCGCAUAUGUUACCGCAGGCAUCGACGCCAUCCAGCGUUUCGUCCGGCAGUUCAUCGCGUACCAUGUCGCUAAUGGAGAAACAAAAAUACAUUGAGGAUUAUGAUUUUCCCUACUGCGAUGAGAGUAGUAAAUACGAGAAAGUGGCCAAAAUAGGACAAGGCACAUUUGGUGAGGUGUUCAAGGCACGCGAAAAGAAGAGCAACAAAAAGUUUGUGGCCAUGAAGAAGGUGCUCAUGGACAAUGAAAAAGAAGGCUUUCCCAUUACGGCCCUGCGCGAGAUACGCAUCCUGCAACUGCUGAAACAUGAGAAUGUCGUCAAUCUCAUAGAGAUUUGUCGCACCAAAGCAACUGUCCACAAUGGCUACAGAUCCACCUUCUAUUUGGUAUUCGACUUUUGUGAGCACGAUCUGGCUGGACUGCUCUCCAAUAUGAAUGUCAAGUUCAGUUUGGGCGAGAUUAAGAAGGUGAUGCAGCAGUUACUCAAUGGUCUCUACUACAUACAUAGCAACAAGAUUCUGCAUCGCGAUAUGAAAGCAGCCAAUGUGCUGAUUACAAAACAUGGCAUUUUAAAGCUGGCCGACUUUGGAUUGGCGCGUGCAUUUAGCAUUCCAAAGAAUGACUGCAAGAAUCGUUAUACAAAUCGUGUGGUCACCUUGUGGUAUCGUCCGCCGGAACUGCUGCUCGGAGAUCGCAACUACGGUCCGCCCGUUGAUAUGUGGGGAGCUGGCUGCAUUAUGGCCGAAAUGUGGACACGAUCGCCCAUAAUGCAGGGCAAUACGGAGCAGCAGCAAUUGACAUUUAUCUCUCAGCUGUGUGGAUCUUUCACUCCGGAUGUUUGGCCCGGCGUCGAAGAGCUGGAACUGUACAAAUCCAUUGAGUUGCCAAAGAAUCAAAAGAGACGCGUCAAGGAACGAUUGCGUCCUUAUGUUAAGGAUCCCACGGGCUGCGAUUUACUAGACAAACUACUGACGUUGGAUCCAAAGAAACGCAUUGAUGCAGACACAGCACUAAAUCAUGAUUUCUUUUGGACUGAUCCCAUGCCGAGUGACCUGAGCAAGAUGUUGUCCCAGCAUCUGCAGAGCAUGUUUGAGUAUUUGGCGCAACCAAGACGCAGUAAUCAGAUGCGCAAUUAUCACCAACAGUUGACGACGAUGAAUCAGAAGCCACAGGAUAAUAGCAUGAUUGACAGAGUCUGGUAGAUUGGAAUCCUCAUUACGAUUAAGAUUAAGUUGGAUGCGAGCAUAUAGCAUUGAGACUGACUGUAUAUGCACUAGUUGUAGUCGUAUUAUCAUCAAAGUACACGAAGAACGUGAAUUUUAAUUAUUUUAUAUGAAUUAUCUAUAUCUUUAGUUACAUAGUUUUGUUCAUGCAUCGCGUAAAAUAAAUACAUUUCCAUACAAAAUUUACAAAAAUAAAAAGAAUAUGGUU